AUGGAGCCCACGAGAGAUUGGUCGUCGCUUAUGAAGGAGAUGUUGGAGGAGAUAGCCGCCCGAAUACCGAUUGUGGAAGACUUGAUGUCGUUUAUAGGAGUUUGUACUUCCUGGCGUAACGCCGCCGCAUUAACCACCAAAGAUAAGCUUCUCAAAUCGGCCUCCGGGACGAUUCCAUUGCUUAUACUUUCCGAUAAAGGACAUGAAGGCGGUGGUGACGAACGCGAAUUUUACAGCUUGUACAAAAGAAAGAGUAAAUUCUGUAUGGACGUGAAUUUCGGUUGGCUCUUGACCGUGGCCGAUUUCGGUGAUCUUUGUCUGUUGAACCCUUUGUCGCGUACCCAAAUCCAGCUUCCCAACCUUAAAACCAUCCCGGAUUACGAAGACUACGAAUGCGCUACCGCCUUCUUGUUUGUGGCCAGAGCCAUUCUGUCAGCCAAUCCAUCUCGCACCUCGGAUUUUGUUCUGACCGUACUUUUGGGUGCCGGCCGAUUCCUCUGCAUUUGGAGGCCUAACGACUCGACGUGGACCCUCACAAAAUCACCCGGGAUGUUGUUCUCCGAUGUUCAAUAUUACGAUGGAAAGAUUUAUGCUUUUGAUUUUAUGGGAAGAGUAUGGAUCUGGACCACUUGUGAUGAUGAUGAUAAGGUUGCGAAGGUUGUAUUAACCAUUACUCAUCCUCAAUUGUUUGAGGUUAUGGAUGAAGGGUAUUUAGUGGAAUCAUCCAGCCGCGCCGGCGAAUUACUAGUUGUUACGCGGGAUGGCAAUUGCGCUGAAAAAGACGGUAGCUAUGGGGCUACUCGUUUCGAAGUCUUUCGGUUGGAUGUGACAAAAUGCGAGUGGGAGAAAAUCUCUAGUUUGGGGAAUGGUGCUAUCUUUGUUGGUCACAGUGCUGCUAUCUCCGUUGAUGCUUCUGCAUUUCCGAAUGUACUCAAGUCUAACUGUAUCUAUUUUACGGAUGACUGCCAGGAAUCUUACUGGAAUAGGGAUGGAGGUGGGCGUGAUAUGGGAAUUUAG